AUGCGUAUAGAUUGGGGUCUUAUUUCAGGCGGUACCGAUGAAUUAAAUGCGAUGAUGAACCAGCUGUUUCGUGAUUAUCCAAAUUCAUAUUUCAUUAAUAUCGGUUUUUCGAUGGGCGCCAACAUCACCUCUCGAUUCCUCACUCAAGUCACAGAGGAGCAAAGAAGGCGCAUACUUCUUGGAUUAAGUGUGUGCCAAGGAUAUUCUGCGACCAAUUCGGCGCCGAUGUAUCACGACUGGGAAAAUGGACGUCGCAUCUACAACUAUUUCAUCACGGAGAAUAUGAAGCGUCUUCUACGACGGAAUUAUGAGCAGGCGGUUGCACCUCACGUCGCUAGUGGCUUGGUUGAUGAGCAGGUGGGUGCACCUGAGCGUCUCUGGUCAGCCACUUCAAUUGUGGCGUUUGACGAGAACUAUAAUCGUCGAGUGGCUGGCUUCCAAAGCCUCGAAGAAUUCUAUUCGUGGUGCGAUUCAUUACCACAUCUUCCGAAACUUAAAGUUCCGAUGGUAUUCUUGAACGCCGAAGAUGAUCCUAUCGUUCCGGAAUGUCUCUGGCAACCAGUCAAGGAACUCGCUUCUCAGUCUGAAGACAUGGCAUUCAUAUUAACCCGACAUGGCGGCCAUCUGGGCUUCCUUGAAGGAGGCUCAUUUGCACCACAUUCCGUUACUUGGCUCGAUCGAUUCAUCGUCGUCAUGGCUGAUCAAGCCGUGAAAGCCUACGCCUAA